AUGUCUAACGAAGUGGAAACCAGUGCAACAAAUGGUCAGCCUGACCAACAGGCCGCACCAAAAGCACCAUCGAAGAAGGAGAAGAAGAAAGGCUCAGAAAAGACAGAUGAGUAUCUUUUGGCCAGAUUCAAAGGUGAUGGUGUGAAAUACAAGGCCAAGCUCAUUGGCAUUGAUGAUGUGCCAGAUGCAAGAGGAGAUAAAAUGAGCCAAGAUUCUAUGAUGAAACUAAAGGGCAUGGCUGCGGCUGGUCGGUCUCAGGGACAACACAAGCAAAGGAUCUGGGUCAACAUUUCCCUUUCUGGGAUCAAAAUAAUUGACGAGAAAACUGGGGUGAUAGAGCACGAACAUCCAGUAAAUAAGAUUUCUUUCAUUGCCCGUGAUGUGACAGACAACCGGGCAUUUGGUUAUGUGUGUGGAGCAGAAGGCCAGCAUCAGUUUUUUGCCAUAAAAACAGGGCAACAGGCUGAGCCAUUAGUCAUUGAUCUGAAAGAUCUUUUUCAAGUUAUCUAUAACGUGAAGAAAAAGGAAGAAGAAAAGAAAAAGAUGGAAGAAGCCAACAAUGCAGUUGAGAAUGGAAGCGAGGCCCUAAUGAAUCUUGAUGACCAAACUAACAAGCUGAAAUUGGCUGUUGACCGGAUGGAUUUGUUUGGGGACAUGUCUACACCUCCUGACCUAAAUAGUCCAACAGAAAGCAAAGAUAUCCUGUUAGUGGAUCUAAACUCUGAAAUCAACACCAAUCAGAAUUCUUUAAGAGAAAAUUCAUUCUUAACAAACGGCAUCACCUCCUCCUCUCUUCCUCGACCAAAGCCUCAGGCGUCUUUCUUGCCCGAAAAUGCCUUUUCUGCCAAUCUCAACUUCUUUCCCACCCCUAAUCCCGAUCCUUUCCGUGAUGAUCCUUUCGCACAGCAGGACCAAUCGCCACCCUCUUCAUUUGAUUCUCUCAAACCUCCAGAUCAGAAGACAGAGAAUUUGAGUGGCUUGUCUGCUCCGCUGACUAAUGGGCCCCUGAAUGGGGAUGUUGAUUACUUUGGUCAGCAGUUUGACCAAAUCUCUAACCGGACUGGCAAGCAGGAAGCUCAGGCAGACCCGUGGCCCCUCUCAAGUCCGCAAACCCAGCCAGCAGUGAGAACUCAGAAUGGGGUAUCCGAAAGAGAACAGAACGGCUUCCAUGUCAAAUCCUCCCCGAACCCUUUUGUGGGAAGCCCUCCCAAAGGACUGCCCGUACCAAAUGGCCUAAAGCAGGACUUGGAAAGCUCUGUCCAGUCCUCCACACAUGACUCCAUAGCCAUUAUCCCACCUCCACAGAGUACCAAACCAGGAAGAGGCAGAAGGACUGCCAAGUCUCCAGCCAAUGACUUGCUGACAUCAGACAUCUUUGCUCCUCCGGACCCAGAACCUCCAGGCCAGGCAUCACCUACGGGACAAUCUACAACCCCACAGACCAACCCUCUGGAUCUCUUCAAAACCAGUGUCCCUCCCCCUGUGGGACCCCUAGCAGGUCUAGGUGGUGUCGCAAUCCCAGCGCCUCACACAGGACCAUGGACCACGCCAUCUCUCGUGUUCAAUCAGUCCCCUUCCAUGGUCCCAGGAGCCAUGAUGGGUGCUCAGCCUGCCGGAUUCAGUCAGCCAGUGGUUUUUACCACAAACCCGGCGGUUGCAGGUUGGAACCAGCCUUCAUCCUUUGCAGCCUCAACUCCCCCUCCAGCCCCUGUUGUUUGGGGCCCAUCAGCAUCUGUGUCACCCAACACGUGGUCAUCGGCAAGCCCUCUGGGGAAUCCUUUUCAGAGCAAUAUUUUUCCAGUUCCUGCUGUGUCUACCCCGUCCCCUCCCAUGCUCUCCUCUCUCCUGGUCACUCCUCCUCAACCACCUCCCAGAACUGGCCCCCCUAAGGAAAUCUCCACCAAUGCCUUCGUUGCUUUGGACCCCCUCGGGGAUAAAGAAGUCAAGGAAGUGAAAGAAAUGUUUAAGGACUUACAACUGCGGCAGCCUCCGGUCCCCGCGAGGAAGGGAGACCAGACUUCCUCGGGGACUUCAAGUGCCUUCUCCAGUUAUUUCAACAGCAAAGUGGGCAUUCCGCAAGAGAACGCAGACCACGACGACUUCGAUGCUAACCAACUAUUGAAAAAGAUCAAUGAACCACCAAAGCCAGCUCCCAGACAAAGUGCCCCGCCAGCUACCAACUCCUCUGACAAUGCAUUUGAGAACCCUUUCUCCAAAAAUUCUUUCAGUUCAUCGCAAGCUUCUAUGGCUUCUCCUCAAACUGCAUCUCCUGAUGUAUAUAGAGAUCCUUUCGGAAGUCCUUUUGCCUAA